ACUCACUGAAUGAUUACAAACCUCCUAUUUCAAAGGCUAAAAUGACACAGAUUACUAAGGCAGCAAUCAAGGCCAUAAAGUUCUACAAACAUGUUGUACAGAGUGUUGAGAAAUUCAUUCAAAAGUGUAAACCAGAAUACAAGGUGCCUGGAUUAUAUGUCAUUGACUCGAUUGUACGGCAGUCUCGGCAUCAGUUUGGACAAGAAAAGGAUGUCUUUGCUCCUCGGUUUAGCAAUAACAUCAUUAGCACUUUCCAGAAUUUAUAUCGUUGCCCUGGAGAUGAUAAGAGUAAAAUUGUUAGAGUGCUCAAUUUGUGGCAGAAGAAUAAUGUUUUCAAAAGUGAAAUUAUCCAGCCUCUAUUAGAUAUGGCAGCAGGAAUUCCUCCUCCAGUUGUGACUCCUGUUUUGCCAGGGACAACUGCUACUUUGAGUAAUAAUACACCAGGAACUCCAGUAACUCCUGCUACUCCAGCCAAUGUAAUCCAAAGUUUACCUGAUCCAUGGGUAUCUCAGAUAACUAACACAGAUACGCUUGCUGCUGUAGCACAGAUCCUGCAGAGUCCACAAGGCCAACAGCUUCAGCAGUUAAUACAGACAUUGCAGAUUCAACAACAAAAACCACAACCAUCAUUGCUUCAAGCACUAGAUGCUGGUCUCGUUGUUCAGCUACAGGCUCUCACUGCUCAACUUACAGCCGCCGCCGCCGCAGCAAAUACACUCAAUCCACUAGAACAGAGUGUCUCUUUUAACAAGAAGCUGAUAGAUAGGUUUGGAGAUUUUGGAGAAGAAGCUGAUUUGAAUGAAGAGUCCAAAAAGGAAACUCCAACUUCUCAAUUGCCCCUUGUAUCUGAAUCCGUGAACAACUCACUUUUUCAUCAGCUAGCUGAACAACUACAGCAACAAAACUUAGAACAUCUUCGGCAGCAGCUUCUAGAUCAGCAGCCACCAAAGGUAAGCCCUGAGGAAACUCAAGAAGAAAAUUUUGGUUCUGAGCAUUCAGCAUCACCUUCACAAGACAGCAGUCACCAACAGUUUUUAGAAGUGGAAACAAAGCUUGACAAUUCAAUGGAUGUUCAACAACAGGACAUGGAUAUAGAUGAAGUCCAGGAAGUUGUAGAACAAGAAGUCUUUGAGCAAGAAGAAAAGAAACCAGCAGUUCUUUCAAGAUCACGAACACGCUCAAGAUCACGUUCGAGGUCACCAAGAAAAAGAAGGUCAAGAUCACGGUCUGGUUCUCGAAAGCGUAAACACCGAAAGCGCUCACGUUCUAGAUCAAGAGAAAGAAAAAGGAAGUCAUCAAGGUCAUAUUCAAGUGAAAGAAGAGCUAGAGAAAGGGAAAAAGAAAGACAGAAAAAAGGGUUACCUCCUGUCCGAUCAAAAACACUAAGUGUCUGCAGUACCACGCUUUGGGUUGGGCAAGUGGACAAGAAAGCCACACAGCAAGAUUUAACCAAUUUAUUUGAAGAAUUUGGACAAAUAGAAUCUAUAAAUAUGAUCCCUCCCAGAGGUUGUGCAUAUGUCUGUAUGGUUCAUAGGCAAGAUGCUUAUCGUGCUCUUCAGAAACUAAGUUCUGGAUCCUACAAAAUUGGAUCUAAAAUUAUUAAGAUUGCAUGGGCUUUAAACAAAGGGGUGAAAACUGAAUACAAACAGUUUUGGGAUGCAGAUCUUGGAGUAUCAUAUAUACCCUGGGAAAAAGUUAAGAUGGAUGAUUUAGAUGGCUUUGCAGAAGGAGGCAUGAUUGACCAGGAAACAGUAAAUAGUGAAUGGGAAAGUACAAGGACUUCAGAAACUGUAAAAGAGAAUGUACAGAUAACCCCGAGUGCAACCGUUGAGAAAACCACAGUUGUCACAACACAGACAGAAACUUACACACAGUCUGUCGCUAUGUUACAGAUGCCUGUAGCUCCAACUGUGCCAGCUGUUAAUUUAGUUCCACCUGCGUUUCCUGUUACAAUGUCUGUCCCUCCACCUGGUUACAGUGGAAUUCCUCCGCCUCCAUUCUUGAGAGCAAGCUUUAAUCCUUCACAACCACCUCCUGGUUUCAUGCCUCCACCUGUUCCACCACCUGUUCCACCACCAGUAGUUCCAACAUCUCUUGUACAACCGUCGCUGACUAUUGCUCAAGAAUCAAUGAAAGAUUUUAGCAGCCUUGUUCUACCAGGUGGUACUGUUUCUAAUAGUCUUACAACACCAACAUUAUCUGCCGGAAGUGUCUUUUCUUCUCUUUCAAAGAACAGUUCAGAAUUAGAUGAAAAAGGAUCUUUUCGUGCUGACCUUCAGACCUCUUCUACCGAAAACAGAACUGUUCAAGAUGACGUUUCAAGCAGUUCUGGACUUACCGAGGGAGUACAGCCACCUGGUAUCACAACCAGUUCUGGGCAUGUAGGGGGAAUCCAGCCACCCCAUGUCUCAAGUAGUGCUGGACUUGUGCAGCCGGUCAGUGUCUCCAGCAGUUCUGGACUUUUGACAAGAAUUCAACCACCCACGGCUUCAAAUAGCUCUGGUCUUACAACAGGUGUUCAGGCUCCAAGUAUCUCAAGUAGCUCUGGGCUUUUGACGGGACUUCAGCCCAUAAAUGUUUCAAGCAGCUCCAGCCUUUUAAUGGGAAUGCAACCACCCAUAGUCUCAAAUAAUACUGGACGUUUGUCAGGAAUCCAGCCAUCCAUUGUAUCAAGUAGUUCUGGGCUUUUGACAGCACUCCAGCCACCCAUUGUAUCAAGCAAUUCUGCAAUUUUAGGAUUGCCACCACCAAUAGUUUCAAGUAGUUCUGGACUGUUGGGAUUACCACCGCCAAAUAUUUCAGGUGGUUCUGGCCUGUUGGGACUACAACCACCCACUGGAAUUCAAAAUUUACCCCAUUUAACUAUGGGUAGUCAACGGUUGCAUGGAAUUCCUCUAGUAGAAAUGCGAUCGGGAUUAAUGCCACAGCCACCUGGUCCUAGGUUUCCACUACUGCAACCUGGGAUGCCACCCCAACGUACAGUUCCUCCUCCAGCCAUACUUGAUCCAUCCCUUCCUCCACCUAGAGUUCCUUUCCUUCCAGGAGAUAUUUUUGCUCAAACAGAGAGGUCAUUUGCAACUUCCAGUAGGCAAAAUAUGGAUAUUUCUAACCCAGAUAAAAGAUUGCCUAUUGGGGAAGAUAGCAUUCAACAAGAAGGAGAUAGAGACUAUCGAUUCCCUCCAGUGGAAAGUAGAGAUCGAACAUCUUCAGUAGAUAUCAGGGAUUCUAUUGGAAGGCCACCACUAGAUCCAAGAGAAGGUCUAGGUCGACCACCUAUAGAUGGAAGAGAACAUCUUAUCAGGCCACAUAUAGAUUUACGGGAGAACUUUGGAAGGCCAGGUAUCGAUAAUUUAAGAAGAGAGCAUUUUGCUUUCAACUCAGAAAAACAUUGGGGUCAAAGAGGAGAUUAUGAUGAAAGAGAACACCAGAACUUUCCUAUAUAUGGUGGUCUCAAGGGGUUCCAGGACUUUCGAGAGAGAUAUCGCCAAACAAACUACAGAUUUGAAACUCGAAGUGGUCCUACCUGGAACAGAGGACUUGAACAAGAUGCUCACAGAGACUUUGAUGACCGUCGUAGACCAUGGGAAAGACAAAGGGACAGGGAUGAUAGAGAUUUUAAUUUUGGUAGAGAAAUUAAUGGAAACAGAUUUGGGAGAGAGAGAACACAGAACAACUGGAUACCCCCUCCACAUCCAAGAGCGUUUGAAUAUUUUGAAGGUGGUGCUUCUCAACAAAAAGUUGAUAGUGUACCCCAAGUUAACGGUGAAAACCCAGAGACAGAGAAUCAGCCAUCUGCUGUGCAAGUGCAGGAUGAAUUGGAACUUUAUGAAAAGUUGGCGACUUCAAAUGAGACAAAAAAAGAGAAGAGUGACACAGAAGCUGAAUUAGAAAAUGAACCAGUGGUAGAAAGCACAGAAACUGAGGGGACAUAAUCAUCACUCAGUAGGAAAUAUGAUGAAGGAGGUUGUGGCAACUUUACCGUAUGCUGGGCUCGGCAGACUUAAAUGAGAAGUACUUCAGUGUUCUAAUGGGCACCACAUCGCAUCUUGAUUAUGAAGUAUUAGAAGGAAGGAACCUGGCCUUGCAUAUUGAGGAGGCAAUGUGUGCCAAAACACACAUUCUGAUUCUUUAAAAAAAAUAGAGAACAUAUCUACUAGUAUUACCUGUCUGGAGCAGGCUUAAUUUUAUAAAUUGAAAGCAAUAAACUCCGUGAGUUUUUUUUUAAAAGAAUACUCUUUUUUCCUAUGUUUUUGAGGAUUAUUUGUUCAAAUGAAAGUUUUUGCAUCCAGUAGAGAGAAAGGCUCUUCUGCAGGAUCAGAAGAUAACACUGGACUGUAAAUUAUAACUAAACCCAUAUCUUCUAAUGUUAUUAAUCAAAGGACAGGUUGCAAGAAAAAUAUUUAGUGGUUUUGCUUUUGGAUUAGACAUUUUGAAAUGUGUCGCUAAGAAGUUCCAUUUGAUGUAACACCAUAUGUGCAGUCACUGUAUAGAUCCUGCAUUAAGGAUAUGCCCUUGGUUCUAGCCAUUUCCAUCAGCAAGUGGUCAGUGUCAAAUUACAUGCUCUGCAAUCUUUGAGUAUAUAUGUCCAUAAGCACUUAAUCUGUUACACAGAAAGUCUUGAAGAAGGAUUGAGAUAGAUUCUUGAUCCCAAAGCCUUCAGAAUUUUAGAAGAAUAUGAAAUUAAAUUGCAAAGCCAGUACUUGUCCUCAAUCAACUUUUUGACUUUUUGUUAACAUUGAAAAAAGUGAGGUUCAAAUAGAAGUGAUUGAUGAUGAAAUGAAAUGUCAUAAUGAAUUCAUUUUAAAAGGCACCCAGUGGACACCUUAAAAAAUGACCUCAGUAAGCUCAAAGCUUUAUCUACAUUCCAGGUUCAAACAUGUAGACCUGGUUUACUGAUCAGCUUUAGAGAGGAAAAAAAGCAAUGUGGUUAUGCGCCACAUGCAGGAAGCUUCGGUCUCUCUUAAGUUUCUUUUCUUCGAGAAGUAAUUGGACAGUUAUUCAAAAUGUUGUCGCUUAUGAUCGUGGAAACUUCAGCAAAACCAUUCCCCUUAUGCUGUACUUGCAUGGUGACAAGAGCUUUGGACUUGUGUAACAAUAAAAAAAAAUAGAUGCAGAGUCCUAUUUUUGUCAUCAGUUUAUUCAUCUGGUAAGACUAUAAAUCGUACAGUUUGACCUCCUCACUGUACCAUGAUAAUACCUUAACCCUAACCUUGUCUGAUCUGAUGCUCUUUCUAUUUGUUGAGAUGGCAACCACAAAAUCCGCAACUCGACUAUUCGUGAUGCUAGCAGCGGAUUGUAAUUCUAGCCGAUUUUGAGGGCAGCAGUUUGGGAAGCGUUGCAUAAAACCUACUGAUUUAGGUACCUUGCCAUUACAGUAAUAAUAAGCAACAGCAUAGCAAUGAACACAGUGAAAAUCAACAUUCUAUUGCAUUUUUUAUUUAAAAAACGUAGAAAUUAGUACACAGCUAUAUGGUCAAUAUCAAAGCUGACCUUUUGAACAGCGAGUUGUAUUUGCACAUACCCAUGUUCCAGCUACCACCACCAUCCAUAAUGCUGUUCCUCUGAUAAUUCUAUUGCUCUGGUUCCUAUCAAGAGCCUAUUUAUGGCUCUUGAUUUGUGUGCAUCUUUCAAACACAACACAAGAUCAUCCUUGAUCCUACAAAUUGUCUCUAUGUGCUGUAAUAGGACAAAGGCUUUAUUAGAAUCAAUUACCAUUUUUUUAAAAAAUAGCCACACUUGAAUUGAUUUUGAUAGUGGUAUUUUAUUAUAUUGAGGUCUAUGUAUUUUCCCCUAAUGGGUGAAUUAAGCUGUUUCGAUCUAUUAAAGAAAAAAAUAAUGGCUCAGCAGAGCUCAACAGACUCCUAUGAGACAUUAUUGAAGAAAUGUUUGGAGCAAUGAAUAUUCUUAGGAGAAAGUGAAUAUAUGAAUAAUGUUUUUAGCUGAGAAAAUCAUUACAAAUGUGUGCCUGUCUUUAUACACCGGGGUGUUAUUUUCUAGUAUAUGAUUUCUAAUUGUGUUCAUGUUAUUUAACACAAGGCAUUUCUUAAGUGUAAUUUGAAUUUGCCAAGUUAUGCUUGUGCAGUCAUGCAGUUAUAAUAUUGUCCAUCUGAUGAAUAAUUCAUUGUGGCUAAAUAGAACAUUAAGAAAAGAAAAUUAAAUAAGUUUACAUUUUUCAGUCUGAAGUGUCUGAUGAUAUUUGAAUAUUAAGCCAUUCCCAAUAACUGUUUUCAAUUACUUUUCCCACUUUUCAUUGAAUAGUUGCCUAUUUAUAGAAUAAUCCAAACGUGGCAUAAAAAUUGUCUCACUCACAAAGAGACUAUAGAUUCCCUGUAAUAUGGUAUAAAAUUGUAUAAUAUAGAUGGAAGCCCAGAUUUCCUCAUGGUAAAUUCUAUAUCUGUUAUAAUGAACUAUUAUCUUUCAUGGUUAAAAUAGUGGAAUCCUAACCUGUGUGAUGUACAGCAGUGUUUAUUAAACUAUUUGCUGAUUACUGACAUCUUUAGUAAAAA